AUGCAUGCUCCUCAACAAGAAUAUUUCGCUGGCACAGAGGUUGUACUGUACGGUCAUGGCUCUUACAAGGAGCAUUGUACCUCGCUUUUUGCGUUCCACGGUGUGACCCAUGGAGCGACUCUGGAGCUAGCACUAUACGAGGACUUCGUUCAAUCACAAGAGCUGCCUCUCUCAGUUAUGCUUACUUCUACAGUCGUUGGACACUUCACCUCAUCACCAUCUUCUCAGCCAACACGCAAGGUCCUCACUCUAACUCAUGAGCCUAACAAUUCAACGCCGCCUGCUUUCUCUUGUCCGCGCAAUGCCUUCUUACACCGGCUCCUGCACCUGCCGCAAAAUACAGUACGAUCUGACUCUUUCGUCGCCCGACGACGCGCGGACGUCAUUAUGUCAUUAAUGAUUGCGGUAUGGAACGCAGGUAUUGACGAGUCGAUGCAGAAAGCAUUUGGCGGGAACUACGGCCUGACAGCGAAGAUCCCCAAGGACGCGCUGAAGAUUACGGCCGGCAAGACGAAAGAGUUUGCCGCCGAUAAUGGCUCGGGAUCAAUUGUGCAUCGUGAGUUCUGUGAUAACUGUGGGAGUUUUAUCUGUGAAUACGGGGACGCUGUUAAGGAUAAAUUUCGGUACAUCGUCGUUGGAUCGCUCGAUGAUCCGGAGGUACUACCGCCCAAGGGCGAAUUCUUCUGCAAGGACAGAGCCAGCUGGAUGCCUGAGAUACCCAACGUAUUCCAUAAGAAGGAGAUUAAAGAGUGA